GCGUCACCGCAACAACAACAAUAACUUCCGCCAGAGCGGCUAGCGCUACGGACAAGAAACCGAUAACAUCCUCAUUCCAGAUAUUAUCCAUUGCACUGCGGCUUCUGUCUUCCAUUAGGGUGAGUAUGAGUGGAGGCGAGGUGUUUCAUGAGAAACAGAGAUUGGAGCUCUGCGCCAUCCAUGCCCUGAACAACGUGCUUCAGGAGAGAGUGUUCACCAAGGAGACAGCAGAUGACAUCUGCAAGCGGCUUGCCCCACAAUGUUUGAUGAAUCCACACCGCUCAGUGUUAGGCACAGGAAACUAUGAUGUAAAUGUUAUUAUGGCGGCUUUGCAGAGUCGGGAGCUUGCUGCUGUAUGGUGGGACAAACGCAGGUCUGUACAGAAUUUAUGCCUGGACAAAAUUCAAGGCUUCAUUUUGAACGUCCCAUCAAGGGUGUCGCUGGGAAUUGUGUCUCUCCCACUGAGACGCAGACACUGGCUGGCAGUACGAGAGGUCAAUGGACAGUACUAUAACCUAGACUCCAAAUUAAAGGGGCCUGCCUGUAUUGGCGGUGAAACAGAACUCAGGUCAUUUCUCAUUGAACAGCUUUCUCAGGAUGUUGCAGAGAUGCUCCUCGUCGUCCAGAAGGAAGUAGAAGACGAUGGCACGUGGCUGAAACCAGACGACCCCAGGAAGUGAUUUCUCCCAACGGGACAUUCUCUUUCUCUCAAUGUGGAGCCAAGUAACUGAAUGAGAGUCACUGGAGGGCUCAUUUAUAUCAUGAGCCGUGAAGAGCUCUACGAGAUGAUUGUGGGUAAUGUGCUCACAUUCAUUCACGCAGACACAAAUGAAUGUGAGAGAAUGAUCUAGUGUUAAAUCAAAGGGAUGCCAUACCCAAUAUGAAGGAACUGUUAACUGGCUGUGUGGUUUGUGGGAAGACACUACUUUCGCUGUCCCAACUGCAUCACUCUUCUCUGUCUCUCGAUCUUUCUCCUCUCAGGAACGAUGAUCUCUCACUUUAUCUGUGUCUAUGCACUCCGCUGCUGAAGUAGCUCAAAUGUUUGUGCGUCUUUAUUACGACUAUGCACAGAAAUGGUACUCUAAUGUUACUCAAUGUAUGGUAGAUUGCCUUUUAGAUGUCAGUGUACAUUUUACUAUGCAUAUACGAAAGCGAUGAAGAGUUUGUCUGUCUCAUGCGUGUCCUUUAGCUUUUAAGCUCUUUCACAAACUGCCUCAUCUACAUCGACUUGGAGAGAACCACCAAAGGGAGGGACAAAGAAUAAAUUUGAUUUGUUUUAUUUAUUUGAAUUCUUGCUUCUCUUUUGAGUGUUUUUACUCAUGUGAUAUGACUCACUGUGCUAGUGUAGGAAUCGGAAGAACUUUCCAGUGUUUCUAGUUUCUGUUUAAAAUGUCCUGCUUUGUGUCUAAGCCGUCGCUUCCAUCUCAUCGCUAAUGUUUGUUGAAUUAUGUUGCUGGUUCUGUCAGGGCCUUUCAUCGGAUUUUAUUUCGUUUUUAUCUUUAUGCACUUUGGGAUGAUUGCUGUUCAAUGAUAUAGCAACAAUUAGCAGAUCCUAUACUUUUGCAGACAUGAUAAUACAUUUUAAAUACAUAGUUCAUGAGUAAAUAAAUGUGCAUUACAUGAUCAACAGUAUAUACACAGACACUUAUUUGUGCUUAUUGAAGGUUCUCUUUUUGCUUAGACACUCCUGUUGUUGUUGUUGUUUUGUGACGUGGUCCUGGGUAGCAGUACAUGUUUCAAUUCAUCCCAUAGAUAAAGUAAAAUAUUUCUCUAUCUUCAAUCUUGCAAAAU